UUUAAUGCGGGCCCCACACUUAACGGCCUCAACCCUCUUUUUAAAUUUGGGGCAAAAUUUAAAUUUGAUGAACCCUAACUCGCGAUAGGGCUUCAGAAAUCGGGAGAAUUUGCGUUUAGGUUAGUGAAAUUGGUGUAGGGUUUGUCGAUGUUCUUCGUCUUCGAUUAGAUUCAUGAGUUUCAAUACAGUUUCCGGUGGGAAUUCGUCGAGCUCAUGGAGCAGUCGACGUCAGUGCGAUGAAUGGGAGAAUAAUCCAAAGUUUUGUGCGUGCGAAGGUAAAAAGUGUAGGGCUUCCUUGAUGACAUCAUGGACAGAAGAUAACCCCGGUAGGAGGUUCUACGGUUGUCGGAAUUGGAAGACAAAAAAUUGUGGUUAUUUUGAUUGGAUGGACGAACCUAUGAGUGAAAGAGCAAAGGAAGUUAUCAAUGACUUGGAAAGGGAGAAUCUCAAGCUCUUGAAGUUCAAGGAAAGCUCAAGGUCAAGCAUUGAUGUGGAUAGUGAAAUUGCUAAGCUUUGGGAUGUUUUGCAAGCUUUGAAAGAAGAAUCAAGGAAGAUAAGGAAGAAAAGUAGAUUUAUGACAUACAUCUUGCUUGGCUCUUGGUUGAUGUUUGUAUAUUUCGCUCUAGCUUAGUUUAGUUUGUCUAUGUAGCUUGAUCUUGCUUGG